CAGGCGUGACAGUUGACAGUUCCUUCAAUUUGACAAUUUCUAUUGACGUUGGUUGUUGAUUGUCUCAUCUAUUCUGACGACAGCGUGUUGUGUUAUAAUAAGAAUAAUACAGUUCUUAUAAGUGCAGAAAUUAAAUACUGUUAAGCAAAAUGUUUCGUCAUUUUCUUGCAUUUCUGUUAAUAAAUUCGUGUUAUCAGAGCUUGGGAAACCCGAUCAAUCCCGUUGCUCCAAACCAGUUAUUAUCAAAUUCACUCGCGACCCUAGCAUCUAAAUGUGAAAAUACUGUUCUGAGCAGUCAAAUUGCUAACAAAAUAAAAGAUUGUAAUAUAAUCGUGCCGCCUUAUAGUAAAAAACAAUUUCAAUGUUUAAUAUUCCUCGACAUAAAUACGCAGUUAUGCUCAGAAAAGGUAGUGAUCAACAAAGAGUCUCUAAGCAAGGUAAAUGACAGACAGGAUGUAAACGCUGUUUGCGCUUUGGCUAAAGAGUGGGUUUUCACAAAUAUAACAGAGUUUAUGAAUUAUAAAGAAUCGGCUGAGAAGUUCUUCAAGCUCCCUGCUACUUGUGGAGAGGUUUGUGGUGAAGAAGAUACAAUGAAUGAUGCUAACUACUAUUGUAAAUAUUACAAAUGGGGCUUGGAACAGCUACGGAGCCAGGUUGAGUCUACAGUGGUGAACAAUGCUAACAACAAUGCAGUUGCACCUCCUGCCGUUUCAGAGCAAGAUAUGAGUGCCAAGGCUGAUAUGCCUGCUCCUGUCAAUAGUAACCCGGUUAACCAGGAAGGGGACACGAAAACAUGGAACGGACAAAUAAAGCAGACUGACCCAACAGUUAGUAAGUCAACUCAAAAGAUUGAAGUUGCAGGCAAUGAUAUUGAGGUUGUAAAGCCUGAGACAGCGGCUAGUAAUGAUCCUUCUAAGCAGACUCUGAACAGCGCAGAUGCAGACAUUAUACCUAAGAAUGAAGAAUCAGAUCCUAAUGUAGACAAAGUGGAGGAUCCUGUCAUAGCUCCACCAGAGAAUGUAAUUCCUAGUAACAAUAGCUCUACAAAAACUGUUGUAGUUAGUGAAGAGAAACCUGUUCUUGCGAAUGAUCCAUCCCUUCCUGAUACUAGCAAAAACUUGGCAGUCAGCGAUAGGAAACCUGAUGUUGUAUUAGAAAACCCGAAAGUAAAACCUGUUCCCGAUACUGAUGAUUAUGCAGAUUCAGAUGGCAAUGACAAUGUUGGUGAUGAGGAAGGCGAGGAUCCUGGAAUGGAUAUCAAGUCAGAACAAGAUACAGGAAACCAGCAAACAUUUAUCAGAAACAAGAUAUUAGUGCCUGCUCAUGAAGCUGAAAAUUCACAAAAAGAUUUCUUCCCCAAUUCGAUGCCUGAUGGUUUCUCCGAAGAGGACAACGACCACUUCUUCCCGUUCUUCAUGACGUCUGUUGUACUGAUGGUCUUGCUCUACGUCCUGUACCAUAAUAAGAGCAAAGUUAGCAAAGUGUUCUUCGGCUUAAUACUUGAAGGUAGACAGAGCAGUCGCCGUCGCAACAGCCGGGGCCACGCUUACCGUCGUUUGGACACUCUCGAGCAAGCCAUGAGCGCCAACACCGCUGCACCGCCCAGCAAGAUUAUAUACUAAAACGCUUAACACUUAGGUAAAUCAAUCAUUUAGUACAUCUACUCAAGGAGAGUCUGACUGCGAUCAAGCAAACAGUUUAUUGCGUUUAACGAAAUGAAAAAAAAAGGUUUGGCGCGAAAUUCAGUUGCUUGUAGCGGUGUUUAGUGGCGCCAUGUUGAAUUUUAUUUAAACGUGGAACGCGUGGAAGUGGAAGCGAGUAUGUGAUAUGCACUGUUCUUUUUUUUCUCGAACAUAUCGAGCCAUUAAAUUAUUAGUUUUGUUUAAAGUUUCUUUUAAAGAGCUUAUUUCAUAAAUUCCAUUUAAAAUUUAGGUGGUGUAGUUCGUUUUUCAUUAAUUUUGUUAUGUAUGUAAGUACGUAUAUAUUUUAAUAAAGUUAUCUAGUCUUGGUAUUACCUUAUUUAAAUCCAUCAAUUCACGUAUAUUUUUAUUUUGCGCAUUAUUUUAGUUUAUAAAUGGCCAGUGCUAUAAUACUAUCUGACUCCUAAGGAGGAGUAGGAAUAUAAGUGCAAUGCUUGGUCCAAUAGUGGUGAAAAAUAUAAUACAAUUUUAUUUACUUAUUUAUUUUUUAAUUCAUUGUUCAUCUAUGUUACAUUUUAUGGAUAAUACAGGUUAUAUUUUUAUUGACACGGUUUUAAUGUUUUAUUGACCAUAGUACAAUAUACAUCAGUUUAGUGAUUUGAAGUCAUAUAAAAUUAUUAUUAGGAAGCGAAAAACGGGUUAGAAUGCUGUGUUAAGUAAUUAUUAUUAUCAAUAAACAUAUUCAACCUUUUUUAUUUAUGUUCCCAUAAAUUAAAUAAGGUCGUUUCAUUUUUUUGGCUUUAUUUUUUCCUUAAUGGCAUUAUUACAUUUUAACUACACCACAUAAUAUUUAUUUCACUUCUUAUUUAUUAAUAUUUCAGUCACGAUACGUAAUGUACGAUUUGUCACGACGAAUUGGUAUUACACGGUAAUAAAACAAAUCUCAUAUAUAAUAUGAAAGAAAGAAAGAAAGUAAGGCUGUCCUUGUCGCACAUGUGUAUUAUCUAUGUGGGAGACAGAGAUAGAUAUAACAGGAAAAAAUAUUCCAAUUAUGAAUAACUAAUGAGCCAAACGUGUCCUGUAUUUAUUACAUUACUAAAGCUAUCGUAAUACAAUCGUGACAUUGUAAUCAUAUAAUUUAUUCCAUAAUCAUUAUUAUUUAUUUGCUUUGAAAACAUGCACCAAGUGCCUGUCCUAAUAUAAAGGCAUUAUCUUUUAAGCAGCUUCAUAAGGGUGACAAGUACAACUCUAGGUUAAUAAAAAACAAAAAAUGAAUACAAAAAAACAAUAACGCCUUAAUACUUGAAAGCCAAUCAAAAUUGAUCUCUAAAUGCCUUAAUUUUGCUGUUUUUUAGAUGCUCUUUUUUAAAGUUAUUUUUAAAGGUCUCUGAGUAUGACAGUUUAAAUGGCAGAUAAUGAAAGAGAUUUCGAACCCUAUUUUUUGAAGACACCAAAGGUCUAUGCCCAGCAUGCUUAUUGUAGCUAUCUUUACGCUUAUGACAUUCGUCGCUCCUAUUGGCCAAUUCAAAGUUACCCGACCAAUCAGAGGGCUUCACGCAAUAACGUUUAAGCAGCGUUAACGUUAUUUUUAAAUGGUUUUUUAUAACUCACACUAAAUUCCAAAAACCAAUGAAAAUAUGCCAUUCGGUUGUUAGAAGUGUAUUUUACCUGGUGGAAAAUCAACCCUAAUGCUUGUUUUGAUGUAUGUUUGUAGAAAUACUAGUUGCCAGUUUACUAUGCUCUUGCUUUCUAAGAUCAUUGCGCACAAUCAAAGGAGACAUUAUACUGGUUUUACUCACCUUGACUUCUAUCCAUUAUGUAAGAUUUUGGUAUCUCAAUUUUGAUUGGUGUCUCUCGGUUUUUCGGCGAAAAAUCAUUAUUUUUACUUGAUUUAAGCAUUACUUUGUCUUGAAACUAUUUAAUUACUCCUUACUUUUAACGUAAAUAAAAGUAAAACUGUUGAGAUUGAAAAUAUAUUUCUUUUUAUUACUUAAUUUAUAUUUAGUUCCUAUUUUAAAGUUUGGUUUUUGGACGUAAAUUUAAACAUUGCUUAAUGAAUGUUAGUGGUAUAGGAUUAGAUCUCUCGUAUGUUUAAAUUGCUAGUAGCGUUGAGGCUGUUUGAUUAGGCAUGUGUUUUGCGCAUUCAAAAUUAUACACAAGAAAAAAAAAAACAUUUGUAUUAACAUUUAUUGUUAUAUGGAACGAAAUUUUAGGCAGAUAUUCUGUGGACAAAUGGGUCUCAUCAUAGCGUGAAGAAAUAUCAACUGAAAGACUUUCACUGUUGAACAUAAGUGAUGGAUAGCAAAGACUUUUCAGUAUUCA